AUGAAAUUCACACUCCUUUCAUCCGGCGUCAUCGCCCUCACGACUAUCGUCCCCUCCAUAUCCGCCCACUCCUUCAUCUACUGGGCCGCUGGCGACGCCGACCCAAAUAUCCAAGGCUGGGCUCUCGGUUAUCGUACCACCACCCCGGCAAACGGACAAGGUCAACUCCCCUUCCAGCGAGACGUAGCCGUCUUCUCCAACCCCGCUGUCCCCUGUAAAGCAGGUAGAUGGCGUAAAACUUGUGAGAAAAGAGAGUACCUCCCCACUGGAUGCGGUCUCAGUCUCUUCUACAUCAAUAGAUAUCAUGAAUCGUAUAAUCCAAACAAGGAUAAACCAUACAAAAAAUCUGGGGGCAAAAAGAAUGAUUGUAAUAAGCUCCCUCAGGUCAGCAAGGGUGGUCACGUGAUUAUGAAGAUCCAUCAGGUCAAUGCCGAUGGUGCUGGACCUUAUCGGUGCUUCAUAGAUUAUGGCGGUAACGCGGGUACAUGGGCUGCGGAGUUGGCGGUUCAAUGGCAAGUCAAACACACCGGCAAGCAUUCAACCAACGACUACGGGUCCCUCAAGGACCAACAACUUCGAGUCAAGCUUCCAGAUAACAUGACCUGCGGUGGAUCAUAUGCCGGCAGGAACAAUAUCUGCAUGAUACGCUGCCAAAAUAGUGCCCCGAACGGCCCCUUCGGAGGCUGCGUUCCUAUUCAAGAGGUUCAACCUCCAGCAGCGACUCCAGUAGAGAUUCCACAUCAAGAGGAGCCAGCGCCACCACCACAAGAGAACCAACAGGAUGCCGACGAUUAUAACGGUGCCGAUAACGUUCAGGAAAACUAUGAUUACAACUAUUAG